CUGUGGGCACGUGCGGAGGCAUUGGGAUGCAGCUAGACGGGCUGCACUGCCCCUAAGAGUGGCGCGGUUCGGGCAAGGGGCGGGGAUAGGGCGGGGCCGGGGCAGGAGGCGGAGCUACACCGGGUUCUGUGUGUCUGUGUCAAUGUGUCUGUCCUUCACUCCUCCAUUGUCUGCCUCAGCCACUGCCGCCGCCACUGCUGCUGCAGGAUCCGCCGCAGCCACCAGUCUCGCGCGUCGUCGCUCCCUCCUUGGACAGUAAUUUUAUGAAUAAGCAUCAGAAGCCAGUACUAACAGGCCAGCGGUUCAAAACCCGGAAAAGGGAUGAAAAAGAGAAAUUCGAACCCACAGUUUUCAGGGAUACACUUGUCCAGGGGCUUAAUGAAGCUGGUGAUGACCUUGAAGCUGUAGCCAAAUUUUUGGAUUCUACUGGCUCACGAUUAGAUUACCGUCGCUAUGCAGACACACUCUUUGAUAUCCUGGUGGCUGGCAGUAUGCUUGCCCCUGGAGGAACACGCAUAGACGAUGGUGACAAGACCAAGAUGACCAACCACUGUGUGUUUUCAGCAAAUGAAGAUCAUGAAACCAUCCGAAACUAUGCUCAGGUCUUCAAUAAACUCAUCAGGAGAUACAAGUAUUUGGAAAAGGCAUUUGAAGAUGAAAUGAAAAAGCUUCUCCUCUUCCUUAAAGCAUUUUCUGAAGCAGAGCAGACAAAGUUGGCAAUGCUGUCUGGGAUCCUGCUGGGCAAUGGGACCCUCCCAGCCACCAUCCUCACCAGUCUCUUCACAGACAGCUUAGUCAAAGAAGGCAUCGCAGCCUCAUUCGCUGUCAAGCUUUUCAAAGCCUGGAUGGCAGAGAAAGAUGCCAAUUCUGUUACCUCUUCACUGAGAAAAGCCAACUUAGACAAGAGGCUGCUUGAACUCUUCCCAGUGAACAGACAGAGUGUGGAUCAUUUCGCUAAGUACUUCACUGACGCGGGGCUGAAGGAGCUGUCGGACUUUCUCCGAGUCCAGCAGUCGCUGGGCACCAGGAAAGAACUGCAGAAGGAGCUGCAAGAGCGACUGUCUCAGGAAUGCCCCAUCAAGGAGGUGGUGCUUUACGUCAAAGAGGAAAUGAAAAGGAACGACCUUCCGGAAACAGCUGUGAUCGGGCUGCUGUGGACCUGCAUCAUGAAUGCGGUGGAAUGGAACAAGAAGGAGGAGCUGGUUGCGGAGCAGGCACUGAAGCACCUAAAGCAAUACGCUCCGCUGCUGGCCGUGUUCAGUUCCCAAGGCCAGUCCGAGCUCGUCCUCCUGCAGAAGGUUCAGGAAUACUGCUACGACAACAUCCACUUCAUGAAGGCCUUCCAGAAGAUCGUGGUUCUCUUUUAUAAAGGACCAGAUGGAACCUCUUUGGGUGCUGGAGAGAUUGGUGAGACACUGCAAGAAUGAGGCUCCUGAUCCAGUUGCCCCUGUGGAUGUGGUGGAUGAUCCCACAAGCACAAAGGAUGGAGCCGAGAUGAGAGAUCCUUUCGGUAUUCCAGAAGCCGAUACCAGCUCGACAUGACAUUCAAAUUUUUCCAUGCUUUUUGAUCACUGAAUUCCCCUUAAAGAGAUAGCCCCGCUGGCCAUCUAUCCCUUGCUUCAGGGAAGAUGAGCGGGGAUGAGAGCCCUGGGAUGUAUGCUUGUUAUAGUGUGUGUGUUGUGUGUUUGGCACAUGUGUUAGGUGCAGAGUGUGCGGGCCCGCACUUUCGCCAUGGUAGCAUAGGCUUUUGCUGCAGUGGAGGCGGGACAAUCUCCUCAGAUUUGGUUUGCCGCUCUAAAAGAAAUUAUGCUGCUUUAUGCCAUGGGUGGCGAGGCUAAGCACUGCACAGAGGAUAGCUUGCUGUUGGCAUCCUGUGGAAGGCAUGUCUGAUUGCAUGAAGGUUCAGUGUCCUAGUUCCCUUCCCCCAGGAAAAACGACACGGGAGCUGGCCAAGACCUCUCUGGGUGAUGAGCCUAAGGGAUGGUUUUGUGUAGGGCCCCUAUGCUUGCACACUGAGGAUCAGACCUCUACCUUCACCCAUGAGGCUUGCUUGCAGCAAUUAAGAUCUGGCCAUAGGUUAAGUAACAUCCUGGCCUUUUGAUGCACCUGCCACAAGCAAAACACAAUCUCCCCAGGAGUGGCUUGGCAUGAUUGAGAGGUAGUCAGUGAUAAGACUCCCUGGGCAUGUCACCAACCUAAGACAGGGAUCAAACCAAUGCUGUUUGUCACCCAAGGACGGGUAAGGGGCAUGGCUGCGGGGGGCUAUCUACAGACAUUCUCUCUGCCAAAAAAGAAAAAAGGGGGAAUUGUGGGGAGCGGGUGUGGCGGCAGUCCCAAAGGCGCCAGGGACUGCAGCUAAGUCAUAUGACUUGCACCUGACUUCCUCAUAUAAACCACAAACAUCUUGAGAGCUGCGCAGGUGUACCAGGAUACAGGUGAAUCCAAUUUGGUGGAGAUUUGCCCCUGCUGCCCUGAUUAGCUGAAGCUGCGUGCCUGGUGAGGUGUCGUGGCCUGCGGUGCGUGGAUGAGAGAGAGUAUAAAAAGAGUGAGAGGCCCAGGGUUCGGGGGAGAUAUAAACAGGGGAGAUAUAAAAACAAGGGAGAUAUAAACAAGGGAGAUAUAAAAACAAGGGAGAUAUAAACAAGGGAGAUAUAUGGAGAAAGAAGAAACAGGACUGAAUAAAUGUGUGC